CAACACACUAGCAGGAGUCUCCAAAUCCAGCGAAGGGGAAGCAGGAACAGAUUUGGAAUAAAGGAUUGUGAUCAACUUUCCUUCUACAGAAAAGCUGGGGACGUUCUCAUUUCACUUCAGGAAAACGCAGCUAUACAUCAACUUCUGUCACCUUCAGCAAAAAGGGCCUCUUGCCAGUGAUUUGACUGGAGUUGCAUUUUUCCAGAACACCCAGUUCCUCCUCUGCGGCUGAUUGGCUCUGGACCAUUGCCAGAGCCCGCGUCCUACAAUUAAAGGAGUCAGGUCUCCAACUGUUGCACUGUUUUCUCUCUCUCCUGCGAGAUGGCGUUCAUUGUCUUUAUCCUCCAGCUGGUCGUCCGCAUUCUGUCAUUUCCCAUGUAUCUGCUGAAAUUUCUGGGCUUAUGGGACUGGAUAUGCAAAAAAUGGUUUCCCUACUUCUUGGUAAGGUUCUCUGUGAUAUACAAUGAACAAAUGGCAGGCAAGAAGCGGGAGCUCUUCAGCAACCUGCAGGACUUCGUGGGCCCCUCAGGGAAGCUCUCCCUGCUGGAGGUGGGCUGUGGCACUGGGACCAACUUCAAGUUCUACCCGCCUGGGUGCACAGUGACCUGUGUUGAUCCCAACCCCAACUUUGAGAAGUUCUUAUUCAAGAGCCUUGCAGAGAACCGCCACCUGCAGUUCGAGCGCUUCUUGGUGGCUGCCGGGGAGAACAUGCACCAGGUGGCUGACAGUUCUGUGGAUGUGGUGGUCUGCACCUUGGUGCUGUGCUCGGUGAAGAACCAGGAACAGAUCCUGCGUGAGGUGUGCAGAGUGCUGAGGCCGGGAGGGGCUUUUUUUUUCAUAGAACAUGUGGCAGACGAGCAUUCAACCUGGAAUUACUUCUGGCAACAGGUCCUGGAACCUGCCUGGUACCUUGUGUUUGACGGAUGCAACCUGACCAGAGAGAGCUGGAAGACCCUGGAGCGGGCCAGUUUCUCUAAGCUGAAGCUGCAGCACAUACAGGCCCCACUGUCCUGGGUGUUGGUGCGCCCUCAUAUCUAUGGCUAUGCUGUGAAAUAGCAUGGGGUAGUGGUAGAACUGAAUGACUUGAAUAUUUUAGAACUUUUUUAUUUAAAAUACUAAUUAGGAGAAGAGACACUUAAUUUUAUGUAAAGUUGAAUUCAUCCUUAUAAAGUCUCUGUUAUAUCCUACUUAGCCAUUUUUGAUCAUGUCCCAAAGAAUCAAACCCACCCAAAAAAACCCAACUUGGAACUCUCCCUUCAAACGAAUCGGGGCUUUCAUAAUUGAAGUCCACCAUUAUGUGCAACCCUUACUUUCUUCAGGGACUUGGAAAUCUUUUCAUUUGUCUUGUUUAAUUGUUACCCACAGGGCUGGGAACAGCUCAGUUGGUAGAGUGCUUGCCUUACUUGUACAAGGCCCUGGGUUCAAUCCCAGCACCACCAUCAAAAAAAUAAAUAAAUAAAUAAACAAUUGUUACCCACAUAUUUUAAUUCCACCCCUCCCAGGAGAGCUUGAAAACAAAUCACUUCAAAACAAGACUUUCACAGGGAGCAGUGAAAAGACAUUAACAAGUCACAAACCGAACAGAGAAAUAUGAGCUCACUGAAAAUCCAAGCACAAACAGCACAGAUUUUCUGUAAAAGAAAGUGGAACCUGUUUGUUCUUGGUAUCACUGGUUUGCCUCUCAUGCUGCCACAGGCCGUUCUGUCCAGCUGUGUCUUUUAUCCCACUGUUCCACCAAAGUUUGUUUUCCUGCAUUCCAGUCCUCAUUUCUUAAGACAAAGAUUACACUUCAUACAUUAGUAUGAGCAGAAAACUAGAUAAGGCAGUUUGGAUUCUGGGGCUCAGUUUCCUUAUAGUCCAGCACAUACUUUGCUCAAUAUAGAAGAUUACAGGCAAGGAAAGAAACUGCCAAUAGGAAAAGCUUGCAGAAUUAGUAGACUAUGUAAGAAACCCUCAAAAUCAAGCAACCCAUGAGGCUGUGAAUAAGUAGGCAAGUGUAUUUUUGAUUAUUCUGAUCAAAAUCCACUCCUGUCCAAGAUGAUUUCUUUGUUCUCUGCACCUACAGGAACCAUGCACACCAUCACAAGUGCUUUGAAAAUAAGCGUUAGGCUGGUUAGGCAGAGGAUUUCAUAGGAUGAUCAGCAACAGUCUGUAUAUAUUUUAACAAAUGUGUACUUUCUGAGAUGAUUUUGUAGAAGUACUAUUUUAAAUACCAAAUCAACCAAUAAAUUCACAUUCAUUUUAGGAAUAGAAAUAAAGAGAAUUGAUCUCUUUGCCAGCUUGGUUUCAUUUUUCUUCAUGUCUCUAUGAGGUCUUGUCUUCAUUGUGGAAAACUAAGUAUUUGAACUUAGAGAUUUUUCUUUCCACAGCUAGGGAAGUGGAAACACGGACAGUAGAUUUUAGGAAAAGCAAUCUUGCUUGGAUCAGAGUGGGCUCUGAAAGGUUCACGUCCAAAGAUUCCACUUCUUUUUUUUUUUUUUUGGUGGUGCUGGGGAUUGAACCAGGGCCUUUUUCAUCUAAGCACUCUACCAACUGAGCUAUAUCCUCAGCCAAAAGAUCCCAUUUCUGAAAUGCACCAAGCAGAAAAAAGGAAGCUCACUGUUCUGCCUCUUGCACAGGAAAAGAGUUCUGGUGCAAGGGAGGUGGGAUGUUCACCUGAAGCUUCCUAAGCUCUGGAACAUGAGUCUCCUUCCUCUGCAGUCUCCCCAAAGUAGGAACCUUCUCUAUCUACCCACCUCACUAUUGGUUAGGCUGUUCUAGUGACCGAGAGACAUGAAAACACCCAGGUGUACUUGGUGAUACGCUGUCACACUGGGAGAAAUACCCAAGUACUAAGUACUACUCACUGUCUUAUUAAAUCCCUCUUGUUUAAGAAGUGUGGCAAAUAAAUUCUCACUUUUUAUUAAAAAAUUAAGGGGUAGAGAAAUAAAUGAAAUUUCUUACACAUGUUACUUGGCAAGUUUAGAAGCCCUGAUUCCCCAAACCACAAAACCUGCUAAGACAAUCAUUGCUGCAAUGUUAUUUUCCUAUGACUUCCCUUCUCCCACUCAGACCACACAUACUUAAAAUCUCUAAAGGUCCCAGAAAGUGAUUUAAGACUGUGUAAGAGAGACAAAAAAAAAAAAAAAAAAAAAAAGAUAAAGGUAAAUGUCUCUCAAGUCCUUGAAAAUGUUGGUUAGGAUCCCAACAUUUUCAAAUGAUUCCAAA